AUGCUCGUCAACAACGUCCUCUCUCCCCAGCGCGUGCUUCGCUAUGCAUUGACAUACCUCGCGAUCUCUACGGCUGGUGCACAGGCAAAUAGCUGUACCACAAAUCUGAUUGUCGACACCGACAUCUUCAGCGAUGUAGAUGACGCAGCUGCCCUCCUCCUCGCUGCCACCCUCCCCAACGUCUCCCUCCUCGCCGUAAACGUAAACUACCCCUCCGCCUACUCCCCCCUCGCCGCCUCCGCAAUCUUAAACCACUAUGGCCACCCCAAAACAUCCAUCGGCCUGCGACGCCCCUACACCAACGAAAGCUUCUUCGACGAUUGGGCGUACGAGCUCGGCGAGUAUACGAGCAAGGUCGCAUAUCACUGGUCUGGUGGAUCCCUACCGUGGUUCACGCCUGAAAAGUCCUGGGAGCCCGUCGCGCUGUACCGCAAGACGCUGGCCGAUGCUGCAGACGCAAGCGUGACGAUUGCGUCUAUCGGCUUCUUCGAGAAUCUCUCCGGGUUGUUGAAUUCGAGCGGCGAUGCGUACUCGCCGCUGAGCGGGUACGAACUCGUUGCAAAGAAGGUUACUAAGCUGGCCGUGAUGGGCGGGGGGUAUCCAUCUGGCUACGAGUUCAAUUUCUGGGGAGAUAACCCGCUGGCUACUGCGCAUGUGGUGAAUACUUGGCCGCGCGCUGUGCCGGUCACGUUUUUGGGGACGGAGGUCGGAGACGUGGUUUUGAGUGGGGCGAAACUGACGAUGGAGGGACCGAAGGGCGAUCCGGUUAAGGCGGCGUAUGGGUGGUAUGUUGGUUACAAUACCACGAGGAUGUCUUGGGAUCCGUUGACGGUUGCGUAUGCGGUUUUGGGGCUGGGGAGCUGGUUUGAGUAUGGGAACACCGGCGGAUACAACCACGUCUUUGCGAACGGGUCCAAUGUGUGGGUUGCUGACGAGGGCGUCACAAAUCAGCAUUAUCUGCGGUUGGCCAUGGAUAAUGUGACGGUGGCGAAUGAGCUCGAUAAGUUAUACUUGAAAGGAGUGCGGAAGUUCGACAAGGAGGGGCGAGGAGUACUCAGAGGCUAG